CCCGGUCACUAAUGCUGAAUGCACACACUGCUGGUUGUUGUAGCAACCGUCUAAAGCGUUUUAAUCGCAACAACGUGAGGGUCGUCGUCCCGAUUUGUAGAUUAAACACAUAAUCGUUAGUUGGAGUAUCAGCAUGUAAGAUGUUUAGCUGCUGGUUUCAUCUGGCCAAUUAACGUUUAGCUUCGAACAAUGUUGUUUUUGGACGUAAAAGUUAACUCAAUCGAUGGACUGUAGCUAAGUGCUAAUUUAGCGCCAACUCUUUUAUAUUUGUGCGAACGACGAAAUAACGAUUUCGUGUGUGCUUGUGCAGCACUUGUCGCACGUCGUGUAUUAGCUGUUGUCUCUGCACACGUCGUCUGCCUCGGAGAUCCAGAUCCAGCCACAGCAUGUCCGCGGUCAGCAGCCUGGUCCCUGCACGGUUUCUCACUAUCAUAGCUCACCUGGUCAUCGUCAUCACGAUCUUUUGGUCGAGGGAAAAUAAUGUAAAGGCCUGUUUACCUUUGGAUUUCACGCAAGAGCAGUAUGACAUUGAAGACAGAAAGUUGCUGGUGGCACUGGCAGUCACACUUGGUCUGUUUGCUAUAGAGCUGUCUGGUUUCUUUUCGGGAGUGUCCAUGUUCAACUGCAGCCAAGGACUCCUGUCACUGGCUGUCCACUGCAGCGCAUCCGUGUCCUUGUCUUUCUUUGUGUUUGAGAAGUGGGAAUGCUGGACAUAUUGGGUUAUUUUUGCCAUCUGCAGUGUGCUACCGGCCCUUGUGGAGGUUCUUUUGUUUAUAGCAGUUUUUGGCCUGAAGAAGAAGCCAUUAUGAGCAACAGUCCAGAUGGAGAGCUUCAAAUUGGUGUGGAAAGUGGUCACCUACAAGUUAAUCAACAGACACUGCAAUUACAAUUAUCUGAGUCAUUGAUAAUGUAUAGAAUUGACAUUACAACAGAACUGACAACAAUUGUUAACAGACACGUGGAUACACUGCACAAAGAAAAAUCAAAGGGAUGUAAAACUGAUUACACUACAAAACUCUUUUUUACACAUUUUAUAUAUAUUUUGAAUAAAACAGAAGCAAAAACA